AUGACUAUAGAGCAAUUUAUCAAUUUGCACACUUUAGUAGAAGAGAGAUUAAGAAAAAUAAGUUUUAGACCUUCACUUCCAUCCAUGUUAUGGUUAGCAGCAGUUCUCUGUUUAUUAGGUAAUGGAAGCAAUGUAGCUAUCACAUCUUGGCUGUUCCGGAUAUCAAAAGAAAUUUUAUAUCGUAUGAUUCCUGAAGUAUGCAAUGCAAUAAGUGUGUUUCCCAACUGUAUUGGAGCAUUAGAUGGAAAACAUUUCCAAAUAGAUUGUCCACCUAAAUCUGGCAGUGUGUUUUUCAACUAUCAAAAGUUUUAUAGUUUUGUCAUGCUAGCCCUCUGUGAUGCACACUAUCGAUUCACAUGGUUCAAUCUUGGUGACUAUGGUUCAUGUAGUGAUGCAAGUAUUUUUGCAUACACAGAUUUAAACACAAAAAUAAGAAAUAACGAAUUAGAUACUCCUGUAAGCCUGCCACUGCCUAAUACAGAUAAUUUACCAUUAGCAUUUGUUGCUGAUGAAAUUUUUGGAACGAGUAACAACUUACUGAAGCCUUAUAGUCGUAAAUAA